AUGCAGUCUUUUCGCCAAUACCGACGCAUGCGCAGAGACCUGCAAGAGAGCAUUAAGCUGCACGGUCCGUAUGCCGCUGCUGGUGAUCGUCACGUACAGCCGACCGAUGAUAUCUUGGAGGAUGCCGAUGAUGCCCGAUUGGAAAAAGGUGUUCAUUCAAUGGACGGUCACGGCCAAUCGCCAUACUCCACGCCUGGAAUCGUUCUCCACGACGGCCAGAAAGUGACUGUUCCUGGAGUGAACCUCCGCCGCGCAUCCGAAAUCUGUGAGCGUGUCAAUACAAAAACACUAUUCAUUGUCGGGUUCGAUGGCCCGGACGACCAGCUCAAUCCCAAAAACUGGCCUAUAGGGAGGAAAUGGGCGACAUUGGGCAUUGUCGGCACAACGGGUAUGCUUGUUGGAUGGGCUUCAUCCAUUGACUCUACUGUAAUCAAACAAGGGCAGGAAGCGUUCGGAGUCAGCGAGGUUGCCGAAUCUCUUGCAACCGCGCUGUUCCUGUUCGCCUUCGGCUUCGGAUCUUUGGUGGCAGCACCCUUUUCUGAGACUGUUGGGCGGAAUCCAGUCUACAUAGCGACGCUGUCCAUUCUUAUGAUUUUCACAAUGGCAUCCGGUCUGGCCCCAAACUUCGGAGCCCAGCUUGCUUUCCGCUUUUUAGCUGGAUUGUUCGGAUGUACACCGAUGACAACCUUUGGCGGCAGUAUGGCGGAUAUCUUUGACCCUAUGGACCGCACAUAUGCCUUUCCAGUUUGUUGCACGUUGUCCUUCCUGGGUCCGUUCCUGGCGCCAAUGGUUGGAGCUUUCAUUGGCCAAAGCACGCACAUCAGCUGGCGCUGGACCGAAUGGGCUACGCUGAUCAUGGCUGCGUUAGUGACCGGUGCUAUCUCCCUGUUCGUUCCAGAAACUUAUGGUCCCGUACUAUUGCAGUGGAAGGCGAAACAACUUCGUGAGAUAACCGGUGACCAGCGGUUCAUGGCGGAGAUUGAGCUUCGCCAGACGUCCCUCGUGACUCGGUUGAUGCACAGCUGCUCCCGCCCGUUCCAUUUAUUCUUUCGGGAGAUCAUGGUAGCACUCUUUACCAUGUAUCUGGUCGUGGUCUACAUCGUCCUAUUCGGGUUCCUGACGGGCUAUGAGUUCAUCUUUGGUAGGACAUAUGGGUUUACCCAAGGGUCUGUGGGCCUGACAUUCAUCGGCAUGAACGUAGGAUUCCUGAUCGCCUUUGCCAUGGUGCCGCAUAUCUACUUCUCAUACAAGAAGCGGCUCCUGAAUGCGAUUGAAAAUGGACACAAUGGCUUGCCGCCGGAAGAGCGACUUUGGUUCGCUAUGUACGGAGCGCCCUGGCUACCAAUCUCUCUUUUCUGGAUGGGCUGGACCAGCUAUCCGUCUAUCUCGUACUGGUCGCCGCUAGUCGCCUCGGUGGCUUUCGGAUUCUCUGUGCAAGGAAUCUUUAUUUCCACAUACCAGUACCUCAUCGACACGUAUGAGCUCUUCGCAGCCAGUGCCUUAGUGAGUGCAACUUUCUUCCGUUAUAUCGCUGCUGGCGCGAUGGUCAUCGUGUCGAUUCCGAUGUAUGGAAAUUUGGGCGUACAUUGGUCCCUCACGUUGUUGGGAUGUAUCUCGGUCCUGAUGACGCCUGUGCCGUAUAUUUUCUAUAAGUAUGGACAUGUCAUUCGGCAGCGGAAUAAAAAGACGCCUUAA